AUGAUUUCAGGAAAUCUCAAGCAACUGACGGAGUAUCUCGGGAAGUCUGCAGAUUUGCUCUCGAAACACCAGUUGCAGUUAGAUAGCGUUCUUCAAACGCUGGAUUUACAGCAGCAUUCUCUGGGAAUCCUGGCUAUCCUGUUGGUGAAAUUCAACAGUGUCGCCGUUACAUCGGACGCCUUCGAACCCCUGUUCGUUCAGUUUCACGAGUUCAUUCUUGGCUGCAACGGUGAACAGAUCCGGUUUGCUGCAGACUCAUUUGCAGAGCUAUGUCACUUGUGCACUGAAGCUCUGACGGAACGAAGGAAGCCAGCGAUGGGAAUUCCUGCAAUGAAGGAAGCGUUAAUCAAGUUACAAUCAAAAGAGUCGCAGUUGACUUCUAUCCACUCUGAUCUACUGAGGCUGUGUCUACUUGCGCGAAAUUCCACUGCGCCGCUUCACUUACUGGAAAUAGACAUUGAUGAUAUAAAUCGUGAGAACGGCCAGAUGGAUCCAAAGUACGUUCUAUUGUAUUAUUAUUACGGAGGAAUGAUCUACGCAACCCGCAAGAACUGGGAAAAUGCCCUUUUCAUGCUGUCAAUGUGCAUAACAACGCCUGCCAUGGCUGUUUCACACAUAAUGUUGGAGGCCUACAAGAAGCAUAUGCUCAUAUCUCUUAUCCAUAUGAAAAAGAUUGUUCCGUUGCCGAAGUACACUUCAGGAGUGGUUAACCGUUUUUUCAAGCAUCUUGCUCUUCCGUAUCAUGACCUCGCCACCGCAUUUUCGCACAACGACUCAAUCGAAUUUGAGCAAGUGAUGGCCCGACAUUCGGAUGCUUUUGUGAGGGAUCAGAACAUGGGAUUGGUAAAGCAAUGCCUGAGCUCUCUUCACCGAAAGAACAUCCAAAGGUUGACAAUGACGUUUAUGACGCUAUCAUUGGAGGACAUGGCGAAUCGUGUAAAGCUUUCUGGUCCUCAGGAAGCUGAACGAUACGUGCUGGAAAUGAUAGAAGAUGGUGAUAUAUACGCAACAAUUCACCCUGAUGACGGCAUGGUCGAAUUUCAAACAAAUCCUGAAAAUUACGAAAGCAUGUCGGUGUUGGAGCAGCUUAAGGCAGCAAUGGAGGCGAGCAUGCACUUGGAGAACAAAGUUCAAAAAAUGAGCGAUGAACUUUCUGUUAAUCCCGAUGUGAAAUGCGACAUGGCGGAUUCAGAGUUGAAAAGAGCUCUCACGUCAUUCGACGAUGACUUUGGCAAUCAUAGAGAGACCUCAAAAAACCGAGUAUCGACAUCGUCAGCUGGAAAAGGCACAGUCCGAGUCCCUCGUCAAGCCCAGAGGAAGGCAAUUUGUUCGUUAGUGGAAGAUCUGAGAAAAUCUCGAGAAAAAGAAGAGAAAAAGAAAAAACUUGCGCAUAAACGUUUGAAAGCUUUGGAUCGUGGUAUCAGGGUUUUGAAGCCUGAUUUUGUUGCAAAGGUCAUUUCCACAGAACCACCAACGAAGCAACCAUCAAUAAAGCCGAAAGAAAGAGGAACCAGCACGUUUACGGACGAAGAUUUUGAGAAGUUUGAGGAAGAAUAUUUUGUUCCCGGAAAAUUUUGA